CUCGAGGAAAAUAACAGUUGCGUGUUUUUAUCUGUCGGGGAUUUGGGACCGGAUAUACUUUGUCUCUACGUUUGUGACACUUUUAAAACGCCACUGCGAAGACUCCGCUUGAUUCUUUUACACAGAGGAAAAGCGACAAUGUAGCGUUGUCUUCAUACACCUUUUUUUAACGAUAGGUGACGGUGGUUGUUGCUCCAUCCAUCCCAUCACACCGGGUCUCUCUCUGCCUGCUUACUGGGCGACUGUCCGCUCCUGUCGCCUCUUCCAAGACGAGCCCGGUGCCCUGUUCUGUUUUCUGGAGUGCCGUGUUGUGGAUGACUAAGCUGACCGGGCUCCGUGCCUUUGGCCGCCCGGCGGGCCGAUGCUAGGAGCGUGGAAAACAUAGCAGUGUGGGUCGGUGAGGAAAUGUCAAAGCGGGGAUGCCUCUUCUUGGAGACACUGUUGUAGUUGAGGGUAUACACGAGUGUACACAGUAUACCUACCGCUGUGACUUGGCAUAUAGACUAGCGGAUCAACUUUUCAGCCUAACUAGCGGUGACACAUAUAUGGAUGGUGGGGUCGCAGUAUGCCCACCCCCUCAACUACCACUACACCACUGGCUGGAGAGAGUAGCAGUACCGGAGGAGACGAGGGGCCCAUGUCUGCCACCUCCACCUCUUCUGUCGGCUCCUCUUUCCGGUUCAUCCCGGCUUUCUGCCUGGGCGUGGUGGCAGCAGUAGUGUUUCAGCUGGCCUGGGGAGGCCUGACCCUCACCUCUUUCUUCUUGAAGCUCUUCAUCUAUGUGUCAUUCGCUCUAUUGUGUUUCCUGGCUGGGAGCUUUGUUCUUCUAGUCAGGAAGAGUCCUCUCAAAGUUAGCAGCUUUGACAGAAACGCAAGGCAGUCGGCUGCAUGGCUGGACUUCUUCAACAAGCUUAUGGCUCGAUUUUUAGUGCCAGUUCAGGAGCCAAACCAGAGCAGGAGGGUGGUGGUGUCACACAAUGUGGACAAAGCCCUUAAAGAAGUGUUUGACUAUUCCUAUAGAGACUACAUCCUGUCCUGGUACAUCCCUUUGAGUCGUGAUGAAGGCCAGUUGUACUCCAUGCUGUCAGAGGACUGGUGGCAGAUGAUCGGGCAACUGAGAUCAAGGCUUGCAGACAUUGACCUUGUCAAUGUGGUGUGUUAUGACAGCAUCCGAAUCCUACACACACACUUCACUGACCUCAAGACUGCAUCUGCAAGACCGGAGGAGUGCGCUCGGCCGUUUCCUCUCCACCCCUGUUUGGUCAGUCCAGACUCAGAGCUGGCCUUCCUCCGCUGUGUAGCCAGAAUACUGCUGCUAUGUCUGCUGCCACAAAAGGAUGCCAAGUCACAUACACUACGCUGCUGCCUCACAGAAGUCAUCACUACUAAAGUGUUGAAGCCUUUGGUAGAAGUUCUCAGUGAUCCAGACUCCAUAAACAGGAUGCUGUUGUCUCAGCUGGAGCAGAGGGAGCAGCAGGCUGAGCAGCAGAAGAAAGCCUACACCUACGCUGCCUCCUAUGAAGACUUCAUCAAACUGAUAUCAACUUCUACUGAUGUCAAUUUCCUCAAACAACUCAGGUAUCAGAUAGUGGUAGAGAUUAUUCAUGCCACCACCAUCAGCAGCCUGCCUCAGCUCAAGAAACAGAAAGAGCGAAAAGGUAAAGAGUCAGCAGCCAUGAAGGCAGACCUGCUGAGGGCCAGAGAUAUGAAACGAUACAUCAAUCAGCUGACAGUUGCUAAGAAACAAUGUGAGAAACGGAUCCGCCUACUUGGGGGACCAAACUAUGAAAACAGUGAAGAAGGAGGGGCUGAUGACAGCGAUGAGCCUCAAAGUCAGAAGAUUCUCCAGUUUGAUGACAUCUUGUGUAAUGCAGGUUACAGGGAGCAUUUCAGAGUUUACAUGGAACGAGUUGAUAAAAGAGCUCUGAUUAGCUUCUGGGAACUGGUGGAAACACUAAAAACUGCCAACAAGAGUGAGGUGCCUCAAAUCGUUGGGGAAAUCUACCAGAAGUUCUUUGUUGAGAGCAGAGAGAUUCCAGUGGAAAAGUUUCUUCUCAAGGAGAUUCAACAGAGUCUGGUGGGGAACAGAGGAACACAAGUCUUUGUAAGACUACAGGAUCAGGUUGCUGAGACGAUGAGAGAACGUUAUUACCCCUCCUUCCUGGUUUCUGACCUCUACGAGAGGCUGAUCAGACGAGACGAGCAGCACAGCCAAUCACAGUGCAGUACAGAAGAAAAAGAUGAAGGGUGCCAGGGUCUAGAUGGAGGAGAGGAAGUGUGUGAUGAAGGCAGUAAAGGAAUCAAUGAGCAGGCCAGCUAUGCUGCUACUAAACUCCGCCAACUCUACGACAAGCUCGAGUACAAGCGGCAGGCCCUGGGCUCGAUCCAGAAUGCACCAAAGCCAGACAAAAAGAUAGUGAGCAAACUAAAGGAAGAGAUUGGAGCCAUGGAGAUAGAACACAGUGAACUCCAGCAACAUAUCACCAGGACAGACUGGUGGUGUGAAAAUCUGGGGCAGUGGAGGGCUACUAUUACUACUGCUGAGGCUACAGAGGAGGGUGGUGAGACUGUAGCCAGUUACAGUGUGUGCGUUAGCCUGGUGGAAGGAGAGGAGACAGCCAACAGUCGCUGGAGUGUCCAGAGGAAACUCACUGAAUUCCAGAUGCUGCACCGCAAACUCACUGAGUGUUUUCCAUCAUUGAAGAAAUUCCAGUUACCAUCACUAAGUAAACUUCCCUUCAAAUCCAUUGACCAGAAGUUUCUAGACAAGAGCAAAACUCAGCUCAAUGUCUUUCUGCAGCGUCUGCUGACAGAUGAGCGAUUGUGCCAGUCAGAGGCUCUCUAUGCGUUCCUCAGCCCGUCCCCAGAGCAUCUCAAGGUGAUGUCAAUCCAGAAGAAAUCGUCUUUCUCUCUGGCCUCCUUCCUGGAGAAGCUACCUGGAGACUUCUUCUCCCAUACUGAGGAGGAGGCUGACGAUGACAGUGAUCUGUCAGACUAUGGGGAUGAGACAGAUGGGAGGAAAGACGCACUGGCUGAACCUUGCUUCAUGCUCAUAGGAGAGAUCUUUGAACUCAGAGGAAUGUUUAAGUGGGUGAGGAAAACUCUAAUUGCACUAGUCCAGGUGACAUUUGGACGAACUAUCAACAAACAGAUCCGGGACACAGUAAACUGGAUCUUCUGUGAGCAGAUGUUGGUGUGUUACAUCAAUGUGUUCAGGGACACCUUCUGGCCCAAUGGGAUGUUGGCACCACAUGUGAAGGUCCGAACUGACUCUGAACGCAAUGAAACUAAAGAGCGGGCUCAACAGAAACUACUUGACAAUAUCCCAGAUGCACUAGCAAAUUUAGUUGGCCAGCAGAACGCCCGCUAUGGAAUCAUCAAGAUCUUCAAUGCCCUGCAGGAGGCUAGUGCCAACAAACAUCUUCUCUACGUCUUGAUGGAAAUGUUACUCAAGGAACUGUGUCCUGAACUCAGCGCAGAGGUGGACAACAUCUGAACGCACACAUACACUUCGCACACACGGUCUGGAAGAAACCAAGGCUCUGCUGGUUCAUUUUUUAGGCCUUUCUGUAGCUGACCAAUCAUAAACUGCCAAGCUACACAGUAAGAUGGCCUUUUGGUUAAACCUCAGACAUAAGGCAGCUGUGUUAGUCAGAGCUGAUACACAUGCUGAUUCUGUUGGUAGAACUUUGCUGUGAAAUGAUGAAAAGCUGGGCCGAUACCAGGCUGAAAGGGACUGAUCUCUGACUUUGUUGUGGUACACGUCUAAAUUUGUCUGAACGGGGAGAAACCACAUGGACUCUGAUUUCUUCCUAUUUAGACACCGGUCUAACUAGACAGAUCACAUUUGUACCAAAAAAGCCCACAUUCACUGAAGAACAAAUGGUAUUUUUGACAUUAUGUGACCCACAUCUGCAGUUUUUUUUCUUAUUUCAGUAGCACUGAAACAUCAGAUCUGUACCACAACAAAUUAAUCUUUCGUUCCUGUGUAAAUUGUGAUGGUCGAUAAAGUACAAGGCAGAUUAACAGUUUGCGAAAGUAAACAACUUGAUUGUUUGGUUAUCAGUUUCUAGAGCUGAUAAUCUACCAACCUUGAUUAAAUGCAGCAAAUCAAGGCCGUCGAAGUUCAGAUUCUCUGUUGCUCUCUAAAGGCAACAAGUGUGUGUCAUUGCCCACGGACCUCUGAACAUUCCUCCUACACACAACCUGAGCAACAACACUUGUGUUUUGUGAUUCUUGUUAAGGCUUAUAAUUGUGCAAUAUAAUGUCAUGUAAAAGUCAUUGUGAUGAUUUUAUUUAUGAUUAUUAUUGAUAGAUUUUAUUUUUACCAAAAAUUGUUUAGAGAGCGUUUAUAUAAGCAAUAAAUUGCAAACAAAAAGUU